AUGCACGACCUUUUCAAGCCCUUCAACCGCGGCGGCGCCGUGGACGUGCGCGCGUUUGUGAAAUCGGUCAUGACGACCGACGGUCCCCACGACAGUUAUGUGCCCAACGGCCUCUUUACCGAGCAACCGCCGGAGAAGGAGCCGCUCUCGGGUCGCCGCCAUGUCGACCCGAAGCAGCAGCGCGCCAAAAGCACCGAGUCCUUCCUCGUGUCGAGCAAGCGCGUGCACGGCUACAACAAGGCGAAGGGCAUUCCACCCAAGCCGUAUCCGCGCCGCCACCACCGACAAAGUGAGAGUGGCAGUCACCUCAAAGCGACCAAGACGACCGUGCAGUUCACGCUCUCGCCCGAAAAGAUCGCGGCAACCCUCGCGCGUUCAGGCUCGACCGCGCCGCGCCAGAGCCUCGCGGACCUCCCGACACCGGACCGGCGGGAAUUUCACUUUCGCCCGCCCACGGCCGCCGUGACAACCGUGAACUUUGUGACGCCGGCGGAGGAGAAGCUCGCGCCGGCCAAGGUCGAAGCGAGCAGCAGCAGUAGCAACGUACUGCAGCGCCGGCCCAAGUCGUCGGGCCGCAAACACCUCGUGAGCCCUUUCUCGCCGAUCAAGCGCCCCGAUUCGCCGAAAGCGACCGCGUUCCAGCGUUUGCCCAUCCCGCCGCGACCGACGACGCCACUCGCCACGGACGCGAGUCGUGCAGCGACACUGGGUGGCGAUGAAAAUGCCCUCGACGAUGCUGAUGUGGGCAGCGACUCGAGCGCCGACGACAUGGGCGGUGAUGACGCGAACGUGGUGGAGGGCGGACUGGCGGCCCUCACGGUCACGGACGAGCCGACGCCAACGACGCCGCGACGACGGCCGACGACCGCCCAGCAGCCGAGUUUCGAAGCGUUCGAGCCGUUGGCGCCGCCGCGCAUUUCGCUCGUCCACCAGCGGCAGCAGACAACAACGACGUACAAGUCGAUGAAGCCCAACUUUCGCAUUUCCGAAAGUACAUUUUGCUGCCGCUAACCCCUCCGAUUGAUGUGAAUUCACUGUGCCAUCUUGUCCA